AUGAAGGGUACAAUAGGGAGAAGACUCGCACGUUCAUUGUCAAGCCAAAUCCAGGGCGCUUCGUACACUUCACAAGAAGUAUGCAUGUACGAUUUUGUCCUUGGCGCGUGCGAAAAGAACGACUCAAAAUUGAUGGCUUCCUUUGAAAUGCAUAAAAAGGCCUUUACCUUUGGUGAAAUGCACAAUGAAGCGGGGAGAAUCGCCGCAGGUCUUUUCAAUUUGGGAAUUCGCCCUGGAGAUCGUGUUGCUGUUUGGGGGCCGAAUCAACCAGAGUGGUUGGUGAUGAAGUGGGCUUGCGCAAGAGCUGGGUUCGAAAUGGUCAACAUCAACCCUCUUUAUACAACACGCGAGCUUGAAUAUGCGCUGGAAAAAGUUGACGCAAAAAUGCUCGUUUGCCCAAAGACGAUCGGCCCACUCAACUAUCAUGCAAAAGUCCAGGAAUUUAUUCCGAAUCUCGCCGAGCAAGACCGAUUCAGUCUCAAUAUUCCUUCCGUGCCAACAUUGAAGAAAAUCGUUUACUACAGUUCCCCUGAAGCCGAAGCUGGAACCUUUCAGUGGUCAGAACUGGAGCAAGCUGGUAGCGACGCUGAUCUGAAAUCCAUCAAUGAAAUGAAAGUUGAUCCACAUUCAAUUGCGAAUAUUCAAUUUACAUCUGGGACGACCGGCAUGCCAAAAGCGGCCUCACUUUCGCAUUUCAACCUUACCAACAACGCCAUCUCGCUGACCAGAGCUUUGAAUGUUAUUGAACCCUCUCUCAACGAAAAUACAUCAUUCCUGAACGUGUUGCCGCUCUAUCACGUUUUCUCCUUCGUUGGUGGUUCUUUAUCCGGCGCUUAUAACUGCGUUCCAAAUAUCUAUCCGGCGCCUGGAUUCAACUCCGCUGCUUCUAUUCAAGCUUGUGCUAAUCAAAAAUGCACAUUUCUUCUUGGAACUCCCACAAUGUUUACAGACAUUGUCAACGAUCCAACACGCGCAGAUCACGACAUCUCCUCUUUGAAGUACGCGAUUGUUGGGGGAGCUCCAGCAACCCCUGCUCUUGUGCGAAAAGCAAACCAAGAGCUUGGUGUAAAAAUGACAGUCGGUUAUGGAAUGACGGAAAAUUCCUGUGCCACAUUUUUGACUCCCCCGGGAUCGACCGAAGAUGUCACCUGCAACACCGUUGGCUUUCCUAUUCCCGGUGUCGAUGCGAAAAUCAUCGACGAUGAAGAAAAUACUCUUGAGAAGGGACAAAUUGGAGAGUUGGUUACGAAGGGAUUCGUUCUUUUCCAAGGAUAUGUGAAGGACGAGGCUAAAACAAAAGAAUCUUACACGAAAGAUGGAUACUGGAAAACCGGCGAUCUUGCCCUGGUGCGUGACGAUGGAACGCUUCAGAUCAGCGGCAGAUCGAAGGACAUGAUCAUUCGAGGAGGAGAGAAUAUCCAGCCGACGGAAAUCGAAAAUUUCAUCGCCACGCAUGACAAGGUUGUUGACUGCUAUGUGAUCGGCGUUCCUUCUUCCAGAUUGGGAGAAGAAGUAGCUGCGUACAUACAGUUGAAAGAUGAUACUGUCACCUCCGAAGAUAUCGUCGAGUUCUGCAAAGAAGGACUUGCCCGAUACAAGAUUCCAAAGUACAUCAAGUUCACUUCUGAGUUCCCAAAAACCGUCACUGGCAAAAUUCAAAAAUACCUUCUCCGCGAUCAAGCCGUCAAUGAUUUUCCUGAGCUAAAGGAAGAGCUAGCUGCCAUGCAAUAA